UCAGCCCUGAUCUCAUUCAGUUCCCCGGGGGUUCCCAGGCUGUUCGCCGCGAUACAGGACUCAGUGGGAGCGGGGACAGAGAGGCUGCAGAUCCCCUGAGCCCCGGGAGAGCAGCGUGAACACAGCGAGCCCUCUCUCUGCCUGUCCCCCGGGUGAGCAGGAGCCCAGCGUUUGGUUGACCCUCCUGCCACUGGAAGCAGUCACCAUAGACGCAGAUAUAAAAUAAUUGGCCAACAACUCAGCUGCAGUUACACUGUGGGGUGGUGAGGAUGGGAAAACAGAACAGCAAGCUGCGCCCCGAGGUGCUGCAGGAUUUACGGGAAAACACAGAGUUCACGGAGAAUGAGAUCCAGGAAUGGUACAAGGGAUUUGUGAAGGACUGCCCCAGUGGAUACCUGACGAUGGAAGAGUUCAAAAAACUCUACGGCAACUUUUUCCCCUAUGGCGAUGCCUCCAAGUUUGCCGAGCAUGUUUUCCGUACCUUCGACACCAAUGGAGAUGGCACAAUAGACUUCCGCGAGUUCAUCAUCGCACUGAGUGUGACUUCCAGGGGUGGUUUGGAACAGAAGCUGAAGUGGGCUUUCAACAUGUACGAUGUCGAUGGGAACGGUUACAUCAGCAAAUCUGAGAUGCUGGAGAUCGUCCAGGCUAUCUACAAGAUGGUUUCAUCAGUAAUGAAGUUAUCCGAGGAUGAGGCUACCCCGGAGAAAAGAACAGAAAAAAUCUUCCGUCAGAUGGACACCAACGCAGAUGGCAGACUUUCACUGGAAGAGUUCAUCAGUGGAGCAAAAAAGGACCCAUCCAUUGUCCGCCUCUUGCAGUGUGACCCCAGCACCGCUGGCCAGUUCUGAGACAGUGUCCGGGACAUGAAUUCAGUUCCUCCACCCCAUUCCCGUCACUGGCGAACCAGGAGUGAACAAGCAAGGACGCUGGCAGAAAGGGAAUUUAUGCUCAGACAAGUGGAACACUGGUAUCUGCCAAAACACUGAGCAUCCUUCCACACAAUGAAGAAACUGCAUGAAGAUACAGAUUCCUGACUUACAAAAUCCAGUAAAUAAAUUCUAGAUGUGUAAAUGUGCCAAAAAUAAGGGGAACUGAGCUGGUCAACAAUGGUUAACACCAUCUCAUUUUCAUUUGCAUCGUGCACUGUUGUCAAUAUAGUCUAACAGGGCAGAGGGGGGUAUGUUUUAUUAGGUUUGUCUUGUCUGCUGUUCGCUUUUUACAGGUGAAAUGUGUCUCAUUACUUUAUUUGAACCAUACUGAGUCAUAGCUCGUCCUUAAUGAAGCCAUGGAGAGUGAGAACCAAACUCUGAUGAGUUAAUGUUUACAUUGUACAUUGGAGCAUGAAAAAGCCAUUAGGUUCAUAUAUGCUUCUUCCAUUCUCGGCUUAUCCUAUAUCCAUGUGGCAACUUUCCUUCAUUCUGAUAGCUCCAAGGACCAUCCUGUGAAUCAACCCUGGUGGUGCACUAAUGAAACAUUUCCUCUUGCCUCCCUUUGGGGAACACAAAUCCUAAUUAUCCCCUAAAUGAUUCACUUUUACCCAUCCAUAUAAACUGUUUCUGUCUUGUCACCUUCGUGAAGCAUUGUAAAUAAAUCCUGUUUGAUCUGGAAUGCUCCUCCACAUAUCAAUACUCUCUGGGAUAAGCAAACCUUCAAGAGCUCAAGCCUCACUUCCUUUAUUGUGUUGGUUACAUUUGUGUCCCCUAAAUCCAUUGUUCCCUAUUACCUCAAAAACAACAUUGACUGAUUGUAAUGUAUCUUUUAACAUAUUGAUCAGAUCCAUUCCCUGUUCAUUGUUCACCACUCUCAGGUUGUCACCCUAGGUUCCCUGCAUUUUAUUCAAGUAAUAACAUGUAUCCUCAUGUUGCCCAAGAAAUGUUGAAUGGCAUGUUACCUUCAAUACCCUAAUCACUGUCUUCCAGGUUUUGUGAUGUAUUGCCAGCAUCCUGGAACUAAUGUUACAUCAUCUUGUCCAACACAAAGGAUAAAUUCACUGGGUGCUGGUUCCUUGAAACUGAACAAAGGCACUGUCUGGCUAUUGCAUCGCACACUACUCCACUUCUCAGUAAGCCUUCCAAAAAUAUCCCCAAUGGUACCACACAAAAUCUCUGCCAUUUCUUUCAACAUUAAUGCUGUGUUGAACAGACACAGAAAAUACUGGAGAAACUUAGCAGGUCGGGUUAUAUCUGUGAAGAGAAAAACAGAGUUAAUGUUUCAAGUCCAUUAUGAUUUCCUCAAGCUGUACUCACCUCGGUUUUCCUCCACUUUAACUCCCUUGAUGCCCUCUGGAAAGAAAAUCAAAGAUUUGUCGCUAGGUCUUUUUCAUUGGGCAUUCGUCCAAUUAGCUGGCCCUGGGCAUUUUCAGAUAAUCACCUAUGAUGUGGUUUCUGAAAUGAUUUAUAACAUGCCCCAAGUCAUCCGACAUUAUGCUGUUAGCUUCCUGAUUAACGUUUGCUGUCCUAACAUGAGCAUAUUGGGUUGAAUUUCUGUGAGUGGAGAGACAAUGAGGGUCUCCCACACAUUCUUUGAAGAAUCUCAGAAACACUUCCAAAACAUAUGUUCACAUCCAAAUUAUUUUUCCAUUCUCCUGCUGUCUGAGUCUUUUUUGUUCAAAUCAUUUCAGACCACAUGUCCAAGAGUUACAUUUUAUACUCACUAAUUAAAAAUCCAAUUAGCUGCAUCAAGAUUACUAAUGUGGCUAGAAGCUAAUGGACUGGACAGCUCUGUCUGAGGUCAUUGUUAUACAUGUUGUACAAUAUGUUGCACUGUUGUACACUGUACUACAUGUUGUAUUUUAUGUUAUCUGUAUGACUAUUACUGCAUUUACAAUUAAUGGUAUAACAUUUGAGGGCAGUUGCCAAAAUCAGUUCCUCAAUUAACCAUUGUGCCUUUCUUAUACACUCUGCUUCUUCUCUCCAUUUCAGGAUUGUUUUUAAAAAUAGUGGAUUGAGUGAGGCCAAGGAUAAAAGAAACUUGGCUCUGCUGUAAUUAUAUGAAAUGAAUAUAACACUGUGAUAUUACAGAAAACACAGGUAUUUAUCCCCCUCAAAAUGUCACAGCACUUUGCUCUGUGUGGGAGCCAGCAAUGAGCUGAGGGGCCCAUUCUGUGAUGUAAAUAACUGUACAACAAUUGGGAUACCUCACCUCGAAAGAUAUAAAAUAUUGUGAUUGAUCGUUGGUCAUCUUUCCAAAACCUCAGCCUCAGCACAAGGCCUUGUUGGUGGCUUCCCGGCUAUUUAACCCCAAACAAACUUACCAGUGAGUCUGGUAAAAGUUGGUGACUUUAUUGGCACACCCUCUAGAACAGUGGUUCUCAACCAUCUGCAUCUUGAGUACCACCAAUCAUCUUGUGAAGAAACGUCCAGUCCCACCAUGAUAAAAACAAAAUCCUACUAUUCCAAGUAAUGGUCUUUUUAUGUUUCCAUGCAUUUUAGUAUUAUUAACCAUGAGUGAAAAUUUAAGGACAUUAAAAAUUGCAGUGGUUUUGCCAAGAAUAAGUUUAUUGCUAAACUGUAAGAAAGGAGAUAAUGGUUGGGUCAUUUCUGAGAAGCCUGUGGUUGCCAUUUCAUUGGGAGGAAUGUUGGUUUUCCUGGAGGUCCCACCUAGACAACCUCACCAGUUGAGAGACACUGCAUGAGAAUGAUUCAGUGGACUCGAGUCUGAUCGCUACAACAUACUUCAGUCAGAGAGCCACCUGGUGUUCAAUUCACAAAGUGCAAUUGCUACAAAAAAUUUACCCAAGUUGUGAAAGGCAGCCUCUAGUCCCAGCCAGCUCGCUCAGCUUGCUGGUCUCACUCUGUCCUGUGCUGAUUUUCUUAGUUCAAAGGUCAUUUAUCGAGACUCAGUUUAGUGCACCCUGCACUGUAACAAAAGAAUUAUGCAACAGAAAAUAGUUUUCAGCUCUGAUACUGUUGUAACAGUGGGCCUACUCUGGUUGGACUUGGUAUUAGAGGUGUCAUCAUGUGAUCUCUUCCAACUCCUCAUUCCCCUAUUAUCCCCCAUCCCAACCCCACUGCCCAUUCCCGCUCCCACCCUCUCACCCAUACCCUUUCUCGUCAAUCCCCAUCCUGUCCCACCCCGAUUCCCACACCCUUCCCCAAUCCCCACCCACUCCUCCUGCUCCCAACUCCCACUCCCAUCCAGAUCUCUAUUUCCACACCCUCCCCCGAUCCUCUCUCCCACACCCUCAACCUACAAUGUUCCAUCACCAACCCCUGACCAACUCUCCCAACCCAUGCCCUCCUGACCCACACCCUCCCACCAUUGGUCACCCAACAUGUCCAUCAUGACAGAACCCUGGUCAAUCAUAAAGUGAAUGGAUUCUCAAUGUUGAUUGGAUAAUUCUCGACUGCAUUUCAACCAGCUUUUUUUACCCCAAUUCCUACUAGUUUUCCAAAUAUUUCAAAGAAACGUUUUAAGAAACAAUAUUUUAAUGCACUGGUGAUUUUUCUCCUAACUUUUCUUUGCCCAAUUUAUUGUCCCAAAGUUAAUAUUUAAUUGCUAGUGGCUCCAGGCUAAAUCUGAAGAGAUGUUGACAAGAGUGAUGCAGAGUCAGAACUCAUUGCUUUAAAGAUUCAUUCAGUGUUCCAAAUUGAGCAAUGUUCUGCUUAUUUACACGAUCCUACAUUACAAUACAAUUGAAAACUGCAUUUUGUAAUGUAUUUGCAUAUGCCCAAGACAAGGAGUAAAACUUUGAAAUUGGAAGCAGGUGUACACAAGCCAAUGUUCAUUCAAAACAAACAGUCGUUAUUGCAAAACUGAAAUAUAAGAUGCUGGAAAUGCACCACUUCUUAGACAGCAUCAGUGGAAAUAGGAUGAUGGCAUUAACACUUCAGGGAUUGCUAACCUUUUGUCAGAAGCCCAGAUCUAAAACGUUAUGAGACAAAACAGCCAGUGUCUGCAGUAAUACCCUUGCGAAGAUAGCCCUGUGUCACAAACUGCGAAUGUGCAGUCUUGAAAGCCAAUUUAAAGAGGAACCAUACAAUGGUCAAAACUGGUAAUUCACAACAAAACUUUACAGUGAACAUUGGUCUCCCAACUCUGACCAAAUAAUGUUCUUUAAGAACAUCAUGGUUGCUAAGCAAGGGGAAAUCUAGUUCUCUGUAGUGCACUAUAUUGUCAACUCUCUUGAUAACACUUGGACAUUGUUCCCUGUCCCAUGGAACUGGGACAAGAUUGAAUGUCCAGGGAGGAGAGAAGUUGAGUGGGGUGUAGGUGCUAAUUAAAUUAGAAUCUGGAACAACUCCUGGGUUUCUGGUGUAUUCUGAGCUCCCUGUGGGUUUCAUCAUGAUUAUCCCAAAGUAGUGAGAGACCGGCCUAACUUGUAAAUAGAGCGAAUUCCAACAGAUGAAGGUUAUGUGAUGUUGUACUAGCAUGGCUUCCAUGCAACAGAUACCUGAUUAUAUUACACCAUUCCUAACCACAGUCCACCAGGGUGGAUGGACAGAUUUUCUGACGGUGCCAAGAGAGUGCAAUAGAAAUGUAGUAAAAUAGUUAAAGGAAUGAGCAACUUUAGGUGCAAGGUUGGAUUGGAGAAGCUGGCGUUGUUCUAGCACAGAAGGAGAUUUGAUAGUGUUGUGCAAGAUAAUAAUAGAUUAGGUAGCUGAAGACAAGCUUUUCCAUUGCCUGGCAUACAAGGGUGAAAGGACCCCGAUUUUAGGUGUUGGUUAAGAAAUGCUGGGGAAAUGUGAGAAGGGACAUUUUUUUACACUGUGAGUGGUAAUGACCUGGAACUCUCUGCCUGAGGGAAAUAAACUUUCCAGGACCACCACAGUACAGGGGAAUGAGACUGAUAGGAUUGGUCUACAGAGAGUCAGUGUGGAUGCACCUACUAACAUCUUUCUCACGCUACAAUGAGUCUAUGUACGUUCUGGCAGGUGUCCCAGACCAGAAAGUAAGACCGUCCUGGAUAAAGACAGUGAUAGUAAUUUAUUUCCCUGAGAAUUAAGCGUUUCUCCUGUUGUCGAUCUUUCAGUCCGUCUGCUUUAUCACCAGUUUAAAACCUCAGGUGUAUGAAAAGAACCAAUCAGCUUUUUCAAACUUUAACAGUAGUAAUUAAUAUUUAAUUUGCAUUUUUAAAAAUAUUUGUGUCAGUUGUUUGAUUUAUUUGUGUU